UCCUCCUCUCCUUCUCCCUCCUCCUUCCUCCCUCUUCCUCUCCCUCUUCCUCCUCCAUGGAGCGCCUUCCUCCGUCGAUGCGGAAGCGCCUCUACAGCCUCCCUCCGCAGACAGCGGGGACCAAAGCCUCCAGCUCCAUCCUGGACCCAGAGGACGAGGAGGAUGGAGGAGGCCCCGAGGAGGCGCCGGAGACGGAGGCCCAGCGCCGGAGCAUCAGGCUCAAGCCCUUGGCUUCAGCGACAGCGGCUCUGCCUGCUUCGGGGGCCGCUGGUGGGAACGAGCCCCGGGCGCCUUGCAGCGGCAGCAGCGGCGGAGGCGAUCCGGGCCCCAGGAGCAGCCCCAACGGAGACUGCCGGCGCUUCAAGGGGCGUCCCCCGCACGAUCCGGCAGAAGAGCGGCGCCUGAUCGGCAGCGGAGGGGAGGAAGGGGGCCCCCGGAGCCUGGAGGAGGAAGAGGAGGAGGAGGAGGAAGAGCAGCCCCCGGGCCCUGCCUCCGCCUCCAUCCGAGUGGAUGCUGGGCCUGGCAGUGGCUCCGGGGAGCGGAUCAGCCCCGAGGAGGAAGAGGAGGAGGAGGAGAGGCUGGGCCAGGCGGGCUUCAUGCAGCGGCAGUUCGGGGCCAUGCUCCAGCCGGGGGUCAACAAGUUCUCCCUGAGGAUGUUCGGGAGCCAGAAGGCCGUCGAGAGGGAGCAGCAGCGGGUCAAGUCCGCCGGAUUCUGGAUCAUCCAUCCCUACAGCGACUUCAGGUUUUACUGGGACCUGACAAUGCUGCUCCUGAUGGUUGGGAACUUGAUCAUCAUACCCGUUGGCAUCACCUUCUUCAAGGAUGAGAACACCACGCCAUGGAUCGUUUUCAACGUGGUCUCGGACACUUUCUUCCUCAUUGACUUGGUCCUCAAUUUCCGCACUGGGAUUGUGGUGGAGGACAACACAGAGAUCAUCCUGGACCCACAGAGGAUUAAGAUGAAGUACCUCAAGAGUUGGUUUGUGGUGGAUUUUAUCUCCUCCAUCCCUGUAGACUACAUUUUUCUGAUUGUGGAGACGCGCAUUGAUUCAGAGGUUUACAAGACGGCCCGAGCCCUCCGUAUCGUCCGCUUCACCAAAAUCCUCAGCCUUUUGCGUCUUCUACGGCUAUCCAGGCUCAUACGCUACAUCCAUCAGUGGGAAGAGAUUUUCCACAUGACCUACGACCUGGCAAGUGCUGUGGUGCGGAUUGUGAACUUGAUCGGCAUGAUGCUCCUCCUGUGUCACUGGGACGGCUGCCUCCAGUUCUUGGUGCCCAUGCUCCAGGACUUUCCUGAUGACUGCUGGGUCUCACUGAAUAAAAUGGUGAAUGACUCCUGGGGAAAGCAGUAUUCCUAUGCGCUGUUCAAGGCCAUGAGCCACAUGCUGUGUAUCGGCUACGGACAGCAAGCCCCCAAGGGCAUGUCCGAUGUAUGGCUCACUAUGUUGAGCAUGAUCGUCGGUGCCACCUGCUAUGCCAUGUUCAUCGGCCAUGCCACAGCCCUCAUCCAGUCUCUGGACUCCUCACGCCGACAGUACCAGGAGAAGUACAAGCAAGUGGAGCAGUACAUGUCCUUCCACAAGCUUCCGGCAGAGAUGCGCCAGAGAAUCCAUGACUACUACGAACACCGUUACCAGGGCAAGAUGUUUGAUGAGGAGAGCAUCCUGGGAGAGCUGAGUGAACCCUUGAGAGAGGAGAUCAUCAACUUCAACUGCCGGAAGCUGGUGGCCUCCAUGCCUCUGUUUGCAAACGCGGACCCCAAUUUUGUCACAUCCAUGCUGACCAAGCUGCGCUUUGAGGUGUUCCAGCCGGCUGACUACAUCAUUCGGGAAGGGACCAUUGGAAAGAAGAUGUAUUUUAUCCAGCACGGAGUGGUCAGCGUGCUUACCAAAGGCAACAAGGAGACCAAGCUAGCCGAUGGUUCAUACUUUGGAGAAAUUUGCCUGCUGACUCGUGGCCGGCGCACGGCAAGCGUGAGAGCUGACACUUAUUGCCGUCUCUACUCUCUCUCUGUGGACAACUUCAAUGAGGUGCUGGAGGAGUAUCCCAUGAUGAGAAGGGCUUUUGAAACAGUGGCACUGGAUAGACUGGACAGAAUAGGAAAGAAGAAUUCCAUCCUGCUGCACAAAGUCCAGCAUGAUCUCAAUUCCGGUGUCUUCAACUACCAAGAGAACGAGAUCAUCCAGCAAAUUGUGCAGCAUGACAGAGAGAUGGCCCACUGUGCACAUAAUGUUCAAGCUGCUGCAGCAGCGGCAGCAGCGGCAGCAUCCACCCCGACACCAGUUAUCUGGACGCCCCUUAUCCAGGCCCCUUUGCAAGCUGCAGCAGCCACCACCUCCGUAGCAAUAGCUCUGACCCACCACCCUCGCCUUCCAACAGCCAUUUUUCGCCCUCCGGUCUCUGUUCUGGGUUCUCUGGGGCAACCACAAAACCAGACUCCAAGGCAUCUGAGAAGGCUGCACUCCUUGGUGUCAUCAGCUGGGCCUUCUGUCAUGGGUUCCCCUUUGAGUACACCAUCUCAGCAGAAUACUCCAGGAGCUGAAUCCCUUUCUUCAUCUUCCUUCCAGAUCCAGCAGCUAGCAGGAUUUACUGCCUCCGCUGGCUUAGGCCAGUUCCACCGGGCCUCGGUUGGUUCCCCCUCCGCUAGUUCAGCUCAGCAAGUCUUGGGCAGCCCAUCCUUGGCAGGACAGAGCCAGCUGCAGCCAGGGCCUUCAGAUCCAUCAGAAAGGAGUGCUCCACAGCAAACUUUUGACAACAACCUGUCAAGUGGCUUUGGCCCCUUCCAGAAGGCCCCCACUAGUUUGCCCUCAACCACCACCACCACCUUCCCCCAGCAGCCUUCAAAUUCAUCCAGUAGCCCCCUCAACCGCUUGCAGCCCGCUUGCCCACCUCUCCAAGUGGGACAGACCCAGCAGCCCUCAGGAACUGGAGCACUUGGAGGGAUGAGUCACUUUCAGUUGCCUCCUCCAUCCAGUUCUCCAUCCUCUAGCUUAAGCCAACUGGCACAGGCCUCUGGAAGCUCUCUUUCGGCCUUGUGUCAAACCCAGUCAAGUGCAUUAGGACCUUCAGCUGCGCCUGCAACUGUAGCUCAGUUGCACCAGGAAAGGUCACCCUUUACCUCUAUGUCUCCAUUGAAACAGCCCGCUUCCACCCCUCCUUCAUACCCACCUUCAGGCCUUAGCCCUCCUAGUCAAAGCCCUUCAACCAGGACUUUCCAGUGUAGCCCCCCUGGACCACGGGGCUCCCAUGGAUCUCUACUGAUGCCUCAGACCUCCAGCCCACCACUGCAGGUCCAGCCCAGGGGUUCCCCGUCACUUCCACCAGGACGAUUGACCCAGGACCUCAAGCUGAUUUCUGCUUCCCAACCCUCUCUACCCCAUGAAGUGGCUCAGACUUUAAGCCAAGGCUUUCCUCACUCCUCCAGAGAGUCUGUUUCUAGCUUCUCGUCUUUCAUUGGAGGAACAAGAGGUGGAACAGGAGGGACCAAACCUCUAGGGAAGCCAUAUAGCUCUGUGCCAGGGCGAGUGACUCUACCACGCCAGAUGUCCUCAGGUUCUCUGCCUCAUCCACGUACGUUUGAGGCCAGUUGCGCCAUUUCCCCAUCGCUGACUGCUGCUGACGGGAGGAAAGGAUCCAUAGGGCUCACUGAGGAGUGGGACCCUAUCCGAUCCAAACUUCCCUCCAAUUUGUGAGAGGCUCUGCUCCUCUUACCCCUUUCCCUGCACAGCCCUGAAGAGGCGCUUUAUUUCAUCCUGAUCCCAAUUGACUCCAUUUUCUGUGACUCAAUUUUCUUCCUUGCUUUUCAUCGUUAAAACUAUGAUUAGAGGUUUGUUUGUUUUUUUUUAAAAAAAGGUAAGAAGAAGAACAACAAAAAAGAUAACCAGGUAUUCUUAGAGCUAUAGAUUUUCAGUCACUUUCUUUUAUAGAGUAUUUUACUACAUGGAACAAAAGGUUGGAAAAGGGAAUGUAAUCAAUAUGCAGUAAUAACCUGGAGAUGAGAGGUAUAGUCGAUACAAAUGAUCAGCCAUGGUUUUGACCGUAUAAGUGUCUGUGGAAAGACAGACCCCACAUUGAUAUGGGUCAGUGCCAGGCAUCUAGUUAGUGAGGUACCUUCUUGAAAGUAUCACCAUUAAAUGUUUACUCAGUUUCUGGUUAGACCUGUAGGGGAUAAAUGCAGUCUUGGAACUAGGUGUGUAAAACAAACCAUAUUUACUUCCUUGAAGGUAAUGAAAAUCAUUCGGACAGCCAUUUAAGGGGUUCACUAACCCACCGUCAAAUUCAAAACUAACUUACUUCCAGACCCCACCUUCCUAGUGAAAUUGGAAAAAAUUCAGUGUCAAACCAAAUGCCAGUGCUGAAAAACAUCCCAACAGUGAAGAUGAAACCGUAUGUCAAAUGGAGACCCAGAAUACUUGGAAGACUUAAUUUGAUCACACAGCUGCUGAGACCACCAUUUGAAUGGAAAGGUGAGAACAGUAGCCUUGCCAAACCCUUUUCCCUGAGUGUUGUUGUUUUCCUAAAAAUUAUUUCCUCUGCAAGUUGCAAUUAAUGUAAGGGAUGGUCUUCAUAUUAGGCUAUCACAAAUAUUGAGAGCAGGCGUGAGGCUAGGGGCUGCAUUGGCCUCCUCAGACAACCUAAAGAGCCACAAUGCUUACACCUCUCACAUGCAAAAGUAACCCCAAGAAACAAUGGCCCGAAUUCUGUGGUGCUUGUAAGUGGACCUGCAUUUGCGGAAAUUAGAAUUGUGCAGUUGUGAAACAACCAUGUCUAGUAGCAGGCUGCUGCUACAUAUCUAUGUAGUAGAACUGGCAAAGGGACCAAUGCACAACAGUACUGAUGUGCAUAGAUCCCAGUGCAUAUUGCCUCAAUUCUGAUGUGUAUUGCAUCUGACCUGAUGAGCAUCGAGCAUCAGUAUGAUCCAGCACUGUUGUGGGUCCCAGUAUGCAUCUUCACAAUGCAGUAACUGGGUUUCUUAGCACCUCUGCUACUUAGUUAUGUACCCACAAAGUUACAUUGCUUGUACAGGAUUCCAGCAUUUAUUUUUCUCCACAAAUGUCUUUGAUGGGCCUGGGGCAUUAUUGUCAUGUUUUAAGGCCCCAUUGGGCCAUUGCAACAGGAAGUGGGCAAACAUGGUAAAAAUGCUGCCACAUUCCCUAGAGGAUUUCAGGAAAGUCAUGGGAGGGUUUCAAUUUUUUUUAUCCUAGGGGCCACAAAUAUGGCCCUGGGAGGCAGCCAACCUAUGGGCCAUACUUUGCUUAUCCCUCACACAGAGGUUGGAGAGGGGAUAGAAGUAGGGAAGUUCCUGAAGAUCAAGAAGUGGGAUGGCAUACCCUUCAACACUUUGGCAAGGUGCAAUCCCAAUUAAUCCUUUCUCAUUCCUCUUUCUUUGCAGUUUUUCAAAAUAUUCUGGUAUCCAGUUGCUGCAAACUAAGUUCAAACUGCAAAAGUACUUUGCACUUGCAGGGGG